CUUUCAAUGCCGGACAAAAGUGACUCAAAAUGUGCGAUAACGGGUAGUGCUGUGCAAUUAUUACAUAAAGGUAUUGGCUGUUUUUGGCAGCCGACACUUGUGGCUCAUCAGCGGGAGAGCAGACAUGGUGCCGGACCCUGUUUCCGCGGCCCUCGGCAAAUUCGGUGCGUGGCAGGCGCGUUCGCUGCUGCUGCUCGCCCUGGUCAAGAUCCCGGCCGGCUGGCACAUGCUCAGCAUUUUGUUCCUGGCACCGAAUCCGGAAACCUUCGGCGGCUGCUUCCUCUGUGCGCGUGACAACUCGUCAAAGAUUUCGCUCAACGAGUGGAUUCAGACGAGACAUCCCGUGGACCAGAGAUAUCCCUUGGGCUUUGAUCCUUGCAACAUUUAUCCCGAGAUUAACGGCACGGUCUCCAGAACUGCGGGCAGUUUACAGGAAUGCAAUAAGUUUGAGUUUAUCAUCAAUGAGCCGACGAUGGUGUCGCAGUGGUCCCUGGUGUGCAACAGGGGUGUGCUCGUGAGUGUUGUCCAGUUGUUUUAUCUUCUGGGAAUCACGAGCGGCGGAGUUGUGACCUUCAUAUUGCUCAAAAGGUUCUCGCCAAAGAUGGUUAUCAUGGCGGGCACGGUACUGCAGGUAAGCGCCGGAAUCGCAGGCGCCCUGCAGCCUAUUUUUGAAGUGCACUGCUUCCUCAAAAUGCUCAUUGGCCUUGGGACGUGUCUCAUGUUUACAGCCGCCAACCAAAUUAUUGUGGACAUAAGCAUCGGUUGGCGGAAGACAGUUUUCAGCGUUUGUUUCGAGCUAUUCUGGUCCAUUGGAGUGAUGAGUUUGGGCUGGCUGGACGCAGCUGCCGACUCGUGGUCCACUCUGCACCUUAUAAUCUCAGUACCUUCGAUCCUUUUUCUAGUCAUGUGGUGCGUCAUUCCCGAGUCUCCACGCUGGUUGAUCGCCCACGGACGGUUCGAGAGCGCCGACAAUCUGCUUAAAUUUGCGGCCGCGUGCAACGGACGAGAAUUGCCAUUGGAUUUCACGACCAGAAAGCCGAUUGCUUCUGCAGGCUGCCCACGCCAGAGGUUACCGAUAUUUAAAGUAAUUUGCCUGCAAUUUAUGUGGAUUGGAACCGUGGUGUUUUAUUACGGAGCUUUACUCAACAUUAAAAACGUUGGAGGCCCAACUCUUCCAAUAAGAACGACAAUUGCUGGUGCCGCUGAAAUAAUUGGAAUGGUGAUUGGAGUGUUUUUACUGCUGAAUCCCAAGCAUAAAUUCGGAGUUUUGAGUAUUCUUCUGUUGAUUGGAGGAGCGAGCUGUGCAUCCUCGUUCGCUAUCCCGCCAAAUGAAUCCGGAAGCACAGGUGGCUGGACGAUGUUGUGGUUGGCAGUUGGGGGAAGAAUAUCAAUAGCGUGUUCUCUGGCCGUGAUGUCGAAUGGCAGUUUAGAAUUGCUUCCUGCAGAUAAAAGAGCUGUUGUUGGCACGGCGAUGGUGACCGUGGCCAGGAUGGCGCUCAUGACUGCCCCCUUUUUAAACAAUCUUGCAUUCUACGGCGAAAGCAUCACUUUGACGUUCUAUGGAGUCCUGGCUUUAAUAGCUGCGUGUGGUGCUUUUUGUCUUUACGUUUCCGCUGAAUGGAGAGUGCUGCUCGGGCCUUGCAACAAAAAAGAAUUCAGCCUUCAAGCAGUGGAAUCAAGAAGCAAGCCCAGUGAAGCUGAAAACGUCGUUUGCGUGAAUUUUAAUCAGUACUGCAUUUACGAUGCAGAGUACGAGACAAAUAUUGCUGCGUAAGAUUAGUUAUAAUAAAUGUUUUCCUAUGAAAUAAUUGGAAUUUAUUCUGUGAUCAUCAUAAUGAUGUAUUAAAAA